AGAAAACUUAAGUACUUCAAGUAUGAUUUUAAAUACAGGAUUUGUACUUGUAAUGAACUAUUUGUACAUUGUGGUAUUGAUACUUUUACUAAGUAACGUAAAUCUGAGUACUUCUUCCACCACUGCAGGUCACAGAAUCUGAUGGGUUACCAAAUACGGUGUAACACUGGUCUUGGUUACUUGUGUUUUCUUGAGCAAACCAUCCACUGACUCAGGAUAAAAACACGCUAACAGUCAGUUAUUCAGUAAACUUAGCUAAUAAAGAAACUAAUGCAGUCUAAUACAACCUCCCUGCUAUAAAUCCUACCUCAGAAAUGUCACCUGAACAGCAGAGGGCAGCUGUACACAAGCGACUGUCUGUGGUUGCUGACGAGAUAUUCAGGAUCCUAGAGAUAAUGAUAGGUGAAUAUGAGGCAGAGAGCUCCCGUUCCCAGGAGGAGAUCCAACGUCAACGCAAAUUGCUGGACGUCACGUUGAAAACGGAGACAAAUUUUCACCCGACAGAUGGGCUUCUACUCCCUGGGUCAGACUGUCCCUCUGAACUGCAGAGGUGCAAGCAGAGUAUAAACCCCAGUCAGGUCCAGAAAACUUCUGAUCCACCACAGCUUAAAGAUGCCUCAACAGAGACGGACUCUAAAUUAAUCUAUGGUAAGACCUCACAUCCUCAUCAAACACGAAGCGCAGAAAAGGGCACCUCAACGAUGAUGGAAACAGAAGCGCAAGGAGAGCACUCUGGGGUGCCACUUAGCGACAAGGAGGUACUUUCAUCCAAACAUUCAGAAGCCUGGAGUGAAGAUAAUGAUAGCGACAAAGAGCUUAAUGAGACCCCUCUUAAAUCGAACAAAAGAAAUCAAAAUCUGAGUGAAGAUUGUUGCAAAAUGUGUGGAAGGGCUUUCCACAAAGAUCAUGCUGGGGAGAAAAUAAGAAAGCACACAAGGAAAAAUGCUUCAACAAACAUGAGCCAAACCACAGGGCAGAGUUGUUGCAGAGUAUGUGGGAAAUUUUUCCGGUACAAACGUUCCUUUCUGAAACACGUACUUAAGCACGAUCAUAGCGCGGAUCUCUGCGGAGUUUGCGGAAAACAUCUGGACUCUGACGAGAGUCUCAAGGUGCAUUUACAAACCCACAAUGAGGAAAACAGCUGCAGGGAUCAAACGGAUGACAAACAGUCGGAGGAGGCAGAGUGCUCUGACGCCGAGAGUAAAGUGGAUGACAGUGACGAGGACUGGAAGGAAACUGACAGGACGGAUAGUGAUGAUGGAGAGAGUGAUAAAGAUGAGACCAAAGAACAAUCCUAUUUAGAAAAGUCAAAAACAAAGAGCCAAGGAUCAAACAAGCCUAAGAGAUCUAAGAACAAAGAAUGCAAGGAUUUAUCCCCUCUUAAAUAUUGCUGUAAAGUCUGUGACAAGUCUUUCUGCUACAGAGCCUCUUUUUUGAGGCAUGUGCAAGAAGAUGAGAGGGAUACAGAUCUUUGUGGCGUGUGCGGGAAACGUUUCGAGUCUGAGGAGAGCUUGAGGCUUCACUUGCAGACUUACAUCAGAACGAACGACUGCGAAGUCUGCGGCAAACAUUUCGACGGCCAUAAACAGCUGGAGAUGCACAUGAGAACGCACACGGGAGAGAAACCGUACAUCUGCAGCGUCUGCGGCAAAGCGUUCGCUCAGAACGGAAAUCUUAUGGGACACAUGAGAGUUCACACAGGGGAGAAACCAUAUGUUUGCAACGUGUGCGGUCAGAGCUUCAGCUUUAAAGAGUAUAUGAUGGCUCAUAUGAGAAUCCACACGGGGGAGAAACCGUUCCUGUGCAGCGUCUGUGGCAAAGGAUUUAGACAGAGGGGGACUCUGAAAACGCACAUGAUGAUCCAUACAGGAGAGUCCUCGCACCGAUGUAGCAUCUGCGACAAGAAGUUCUACAAGAGCGGAGCGUUGAAAAUCCACAUGAGGUCCCACACAGGAGAGAAGCCAUAUCUGUGUAACGUUUGCGGGAAAAGCUUCACCGCAAGCGGCUCGCUGACCAAACACAUGAGCGCUCACGAAGGGGAGCGAACGCACUGCUGCACCGUCUGCGACAAAGGGUUCUUGAGGAAAGAGGAUCUGAAAAGACACGUUCAGACUCACAGGAAGGAAUCCACACAGCUAACAAGUCUUUAAAGGACAGAUUGGUUACAGCCCAUUAAAGGAAUAGUUCAACAUUUUGGGAGUAAUGCCGACUUUCUGUCUUUUCAAGAGUGAAAUAGGAGGAUUAACUGUGGAGCUGGUUAGCCUAGUUAGCUUUAGCAUAUAUACUGAAAAUGGGAUGAAACGGCUAGUCUGGCUCCAUCCAAAGUUCAAAAAUACAGCUGCUGUACUAACACCUCUAAAGCUGUCACAGAAAGAAAGCAAACAUGUUUCCAUUACGAACUAUUCCUUUAAGAGGUGCUCAUAAGAUAUCAAAAAAACCCCUGCUAAACCAAGGAUUCUUUGACAUAUUUUUAGUAGUUAUAUACAGAUGGUCACAUGUUUUUGGUAAAAAUUUGUUUAUGAAAAGUGAAUUUCAAUAAGCUAUAAGCUAUAUUCAAACACAUGCCUGAUGACUAUAAGGCUUACUUUGCUAACAUAUAUCAUGUCUUUGUUAACUCAGAUUAAAUCUUUUGUGAAAAUUAAAUAUCACAUUUUUUUGGUACUUUUAGAGAAACGUCUGUACAAACCUUUUCUGUACAAUUCUACUUUGGUUCAGUCCAAUUUGUUCAGGUCUGAUUUGUAUAUUCAUGUUGGAUCUUUUGUGAUUUUCCUCUUGUUCCCUUUACUGUUGCAUCUUUGUCAUCUUCAUCAAGAUCAAGAUCUAUUCAAACAGACAUGGCAACAGUUUUAUUGGGAACAUUUAACUGAGGCUUUGCACCUUGAAUACAAAAUCUUCUAUUCAGAAAAUGCCCAUUUUAAUCAUGGUAUGAUGGGCUGGGAUUCAAAAAUCAAUAAUGUAGCCACGUUUUGGAAAAGAUCAUGACGCAAUAUGUGAAAUAAGUUGCAAAUUUGAAAUGCUGUAGUGUAGUUUUUCUGGCCUUGCAAGUGUUACAUUUAAUAAAAUAGUCGCCAACAAUUUUUAACUGAGUACAUAUUUAAUAAAAAAUAUUUUUAAAUAAAGUUUAAGGAAUAAAAAGUCUUGUUUCUGCAGCUGCCUUUUUUGUUUUUGUUUUUCAUGAAGAAACCUUCAGUGGAAACUAAUUAAUCUCAAAAAGAUGUGAACUGAAAGAAAAAAAUCCACGUAUGUUUUUUUAAAAUCUUGUAUAUCAUCUAUCUGAUGUUCAGAGAAUUUUGUCAUAAAGUAUUUAAAAAAUGUACUGUUUGUUUUAUUGUUUUUCCUUCAAUCUGGGAUGAAUUUUUCACACAAACCAAAACUGUAUCUAUUGUAUUAGAUGAUCUUUUUUCCUGCUGCCAAACUUCACUGUACCUGUGUGUUCACUUUAUAAGUCACGGUCACAUGAAAUGGUGCUACAGUUUAUUGUUUAACAUCAUUAAUA